UCGUGCCACUGCACUCCAGUCUGGCAACAGCGAGACUCCGUCAAAAAAAAAAGAAAAGAAAAAAGAAAAACACUGAAAUAAAAGCACAAAGUUGGAUACAAAACUGCUUAGUGAGCUACAAAGCGAUACACUGGGCAGAAAGCAUUUGCAACCUAUCAACCUUUACAAGGUAGCAUAUAACUGGACAGCAUCCGGACUCCUAAGUUUUCCUAACAGUUUUACCUCUGAUUCUCCCUGUCUCUCCGUGCUGUCAUCUUUCUCUAGGUCUUUCUUACUGUAUCUCUAAUAUCUGUCCCUUUUCUCCCUUCUUGUCUCUGUCCCUCUCCCUUCUUAUCUGCCUCUUGAGUCUGGAUAUCUGCAUUUCUUGUCUCUGUGAACCUAUUCUGCGUUUCCUUCUUUGUGUCUCUUUCAUCUGCGUCCCUUUCUGAUCUGCCUCUCUCUUGCUAACUGUUCUGAAACCUGUUUGCCCGGCCCUGACCCUCUGAUCCACUCAGCCCUCUUAUAACUUGGACCCGUGUCUCUAUGUUUGUUCACUUAUUUUCACUGUCUCUCCUCGCGUCGAGUCUCCGGUCCUCCCAGUCUGUGGGUCUGUCUGUCUGUCUCUCUCUCUUCCUCCCGCCGGUCCUUCGUCUCUCGUUGCCCUUGAGUCUCUGGUCUCUCUGUCUCCAUCUUUCCUCGCUGUUUCUAUCGAUCGGCAUCUCUCUGCCCCAGUACCCUUCCCCACCUCCACAUCCCACAUGCCCCAUUGCAUUUCCAGUGCCCUCCGCGUCUCCCGGUUGCCCAGGGGAUGUCGGGUCGGGUCCCCAGGUUACCAUGGAGACGUUCAGGGCCCGCCCCUCGCCCAUGAUCACAGAGGAACGUCAUCGCGCCGCGCGCGCACGUACACACGAAGGACCCUGCUGACUACAUCUCCCGGAAAGCAUCUGGCCAAGCCUUUCUCCAUUUUGCGGUCUAGGAAGUAGCAGAGGCCCCUUCCUGUAGGGAGUUGCCAUGGAGACGCGGUGGGGCGCCGACGGAGUUCUAAGGGCGGCCGUGAUUGGUGCAGGAUCCUGCUAAUCUCAAGAAGGCCCGCAGAGAAUUGAGGAAAACGUGGUGGGGGGCAUGCGCGAUCUGGUAGGCGGUAUUGCCGUCUGUUCUCCCGGAGAGGCUUGCGCAUGCCGACGCACGGAUUCGAGGCGGGGAGCAUGGGAAGAAGCGGCCAGGAGUGUGACCUGAUCAUUGCGACCACCGCUAGGGGACGGGAGGAGAGGGUGUAGAAACGGGGGCGAGGGUGGGGGAAGGGCAAGGAGGUGCUCGAGCUGGUGCGCGGAGCAUCCUGGGAGACGUAGUCCAGCGGGAGGGGGAAGUCGAAGACUGCGCGUGCUCAGGAGCGCGGAGCGGCCCGCUGAGCGCAGAGGUGAGGGCGGGGUCCUCUUAAUCCAGCGCAGAGGGAGGGCUAGGGUGGGGACCGGGGCGGCGGCUGCAGACUCAGGGAUUCCAGCUCCCCAGUGAGACCGGGAGCGCGGGGAACGAAUCCGGGCACUCCUUGCGGGAGCGCCCAGGGCUAGAACGAGAGGCUUGUCAAUCACUACUCGUUGCCACGACGACAGGCUUUGGCAGCCCCGCCCCCGGUUGCCUAGGCGUCGUCAGGACCUUCCUGAGCACCCUGGAGCGGAAGUUGCCGCCUGGACUUCUGGGAAAUGUAUUUCGGGACCCUCCGGGCAGACACUGGCCUCAGAUACCUGACUUGGUACCCUCUAUGAGGCCUGCGGUGCUGGGCUCCCCAGACCGAGCAUCCCCAGAAGAUGAGGGGCCUGUCAUGGUGAAGCUAGAGGACUCUGAGGAGGAGGGUGAGGCUGCCCUAUGGGACCCAGGCCCUGAAGCUGCACGCCUGCGUUUCCGGUGCUUCCGCUAUGAGGAGGCCACAGGGCCCCAAGAGGCCCUGGCCCAGCUCCGAGAGCUGUGUCGCCAGUGGCUGCGUCCAGAGGUACGCUCCAAGGAGCAGAUGCUGGAGCUGUUGGUGCUGGAGCAGUUCCUGGGCGCACUGCCCCCUGAGAUCCAGGCCCGUGUGCAGGGGCAGCGGCCAGGCAGCCCCGAGGAGGCUGCUGCCCUAGUAGAUGGGCUGCGCCGGGAGCCGGGCGGACCCCGGAGAUGGGUCACAGUCCAGGUGCAGGGCCAGGAGGUCCUAUCAGAGAAGAUGGAGCCCUCCAGUUUCCAGCCCCUACCUCAAACUGAGCCUCCAACUCCAGAGCCUGGGCCCAAGACACCUCCUAGGACUGUGCAGGAAUCACCACUGGGCCUGCAGGUGAAAGAGGAGCCAGAGGUUACAGAGGACUCAGAUUUCCUGGAGUCUGGGCCUCUAGCUGCCACCCAGGAGUCUGUACCCACCCUCCUGCCUGAGGAGGCCCAGAGAUGUGGGACCGUGCUGGACCAGGCCUUUCCCCACAGCAAGACUGGGCCUGAGGGUCCCUCAUGGAGGGAGCACCCCAGGGCCCUGUGGCAUGAGGAAGCUGGGGGCAUCUUCUCCCCAGGGUUUGCGCUGCAGCUAGACAGCAUCUCCGCAGGUCCAGGUAGUGUAAGCCCUCACCUCCACGUCCCCUGGGACCUCGGCAUGGCUGGCCUUUCUGGCCAGAUCCAAUCACCCUCCCGCGAAGGUGGCUUUGCGCAUGCGCUUGUGCUCCCCAGCGAUCUGAGGAGUGAACAGGACCCCACGGACGAGGAUCCCUGCCGGGGUGUGGGCCCUGCUCUGGUCACCACCCGCUGGCGCUCCCCCAGGGGCCGGAGCCGGGGCCGCCCCAGCACUGGGGGCGGGGUGGUUAGGGGCGGCCGUUGCGAUGUAUGUGGCAAGGUGUUCAGCCAACGCAGCAACCUGCUGAGGCACCAGAAGAUCCACACGGGUGAGCGACCAUUCGUGUGCGGCGAGUGCGGCCGCAGCUUCAGCCGCAGCUCGCACCUGCUGCGCCACCAGCUUACGCACACCGAGGAGCGGCCGUUCGUGUGCGGCGACUGUGGCCAGGGCUUCGUGCGCAGCGCGCGCCUGGAAGAGCAUCGGAGAGUGCACACGGGCGAACAGCCUUUCCGUUGCGCUGAGUGCGGCCAGAGCUUCCGGCAGCGCUCCAAUCUGCUGCAGCACCAGCGCAUCCACGGCGAUCCCCCGGGCCCUGGCGCUACGCCCCCGGCCCCUCCUGGUGCGCCCGAGCCUCCCGGCCCCUUUCCGUGCAGCGAGUGCCGCGAGAGCUUCGCGCGGCGCGCCGUGCUACUGGAGCACCAGGCGGUACACACGGGCGACAAGUCCUUUGGCUGCGUCGAGUGCGGCGAGCGCUUCGGCCGCCGCUCAGUGCUGCUGCAGCACCGGCGCGUGCACAGUGGCGAGCGGCCGUUCGCCUGUGCCGAGUGCGGCCAGAGCUUCCGGCAGCGCUCCAACCUGACGCAGCACCGGCGCAUCCACACUGGGGAGCGGCCCUUCGCCUGCGCCGAGUGUGGCAAGGCCUUCCGCCAGCGGCCCACGCUCACGCAGCACCUCCGCGUACACACGGGCGAGAAACCCUUUGCCUGCCCCGAGUGUGGCCAGCGCUUCAGCCAGCGCCUCAAGCUCACGCGUCAUCAGAGGACACACACCGGCGAAAAGCCCUACCACUGCGGCGAGUGCGGCCUGGGCUUCACGCAGGUCUCGCGGCUCACCGAGCACCAGCGCAUCCACACGGGCGAACGGCCCUUCGCCUGCCCCGAGUGCGGCCAGAGCUUUCGGCAGCACGCCAACCUCACCCAACACCGGCGCAUCCACACGGGCGAACGGCCCUACGCAUGCCCUGAGUGUGGCAAGGCCUUCCGCCAGCGGCCCACGCUCACGCAGCAUCUGCGCACCCACCGACGAGAGAAGCCCUUCGCCUGCCAGGACUGUGGCCGCCGCUUCCACCAGAGCACCAAGCUCAUCCAGCACCAGCGCGUCCACAGCGCCGAGUAGCUCCAGCCCGGACGCCCUGUGUCCGCCGUGGUCAGAACACCUACCUCCGCUGGUUGUUGUGAGGCUGGCAAUUACAUAAGUAUAAGCGGGUCCUCCCAGGGCUUGGCUACUGUAGGUGUCCAAUAAACAGUAGAUGGAAACUGGGUCUCCACC